AUGUCACCUAGCGCCGGACAGACCGAACAUCUUACAUCAAAUGCCGGCAAUGAUCCGUGGAGUCAACAAAAUGGAAAAGAAAAUCAACGCCCACCCGUGUUCUUUCCCGAAGAUUACAUCGCAGCUCUGAAGAAAUUUAGCAAAUUCGGUAGUAACAAUGGAAGUCAUAAAUCAAUUUACGAUACAAUUGACGAUGCGAAGGCUGACAAAUCUGUCGUUAUUGCCAACAAAUCUCGCACCUUGCCCUUUUCCAAAACCUCUGAAUACUCAAGCCCUAUCACUCCAGCUGACACAGAAAUGACAUUGAAGCAAUUUGGUUCAAUCACUGAACUUCUCACGAAAUUGAGGGCAGACUUGAGGCAAUCAUUUCAAAGGCAGAAAGCAAGCAAAAAGUUGAAGAAAAAAAGCAAAAGCAAGUUAAGGUUGCACAAUGUGUCUCUGGGGUUUCUUAAAGAGCGUAGUUAUCUAGGUUAUCGUUAUCUGAAAUCAAUGGCAUGUUGA